UAAAAGCAAUAAUGAAUAUACAAUUGAAGUUUAUCUAUAUGGUUUCAAUAAAGAAAACAUUGAAAAAGAGUUAGCCAGUAUAGAUAAUAGUCCUUUUAAGCAGCAAUGGCUAAAGAUUACUCUAAGUGAUCUAGAGUUUCAAAAAAUUUAUCAGAAAGAGGAAAAGCAGUCGUCGUUCGGGAACUCCAUGAAGGAAAUAGAAAUAGACUUAGGCUAUGGAUACAAAAAGGAAAUAAAACAACUUACUGACCCCAAUGAUUAUCAAAUUAUUUUGAAUAAUCCUGAAGGUAAACCAGAUCUGACAGAACUUGAAAAAUCAGUAGAUUUGCUUGUUUUUAUCAAAGAUGAAAUUAGUAGAGAAAGGAUUAAUCUUCCUCCACGAUUAAUACUAAGAAGUUCCUGUAUUCCUGCCGAAGAAGAGAUAGCAAGACUUAGAAGAGAUUUCGAAGGAGACGAUUUUAUUUUUGCCGUUCCUUUAGGUGUUAAAUCAAUCAAAGCCGGUUCUUUUUUUUCUUCAAAACUUGAUGAAUUAAGAAAGAAAUCUCGUGAAGUAGAAGACAAUUUGGAGAAAGAAAUACAAAAAGAUAUUAAAGAGAAUAAGUCAGCCAAGCAUAAUGAAAGAAUGAAAGCAUUAAUCGAAAUGGAGAAAAAGUGA